CACCAGAAAAAUCUCUCUCUAAUACGGCUGCUUUUGGUCAGCCAACGCGUAAAUUUGUUCAGAAAAUUCCUUCUCUUCUUCCCGCCGCCCGUUUUUCUCUCUCUACUGCUACAUUUUCUCUCUCUAAUGAGCUUCAUAAUUUGUGGGGGAUUCAUUCGUUCACGGGUUUGAGCUUGAUUGAUUGCUCUCUGGUUAUUAUUCAAUGGCGAAGAAGAACAGUAAUUCCAAGAAGCAGUGUUACAUUUCGGUUCCUUCUCAAAUCAUCAACUCUCUCUCUUCCUCUUCUCUUCAGUCGCUUCUUGAUUCGCCUAAGAAGUCUUCUAAAGCUUACAACAAGUACCUGAGUAUUUCCACUUACAGAACCUCCAAGCUAUGGCUUCUCGUGAUUUUUAUCUUCGGCCUUCUUGGCAUGUUGAAGCUGACUUUUGAUCUCGGUCCUUUAAUCGCGUAUGUUUCGUACCCAUGUUUCACGUCUCAGUCAUCGCAGGGUUUAGUCUCGAAUGGGGGCUUGAAAUCUGGAGUAAUCGAGAGAGGGAGAGAAAAUGCUCUGAAGGAUGAGGUUGUGAACGAUUCCGUUCAAUCGCUUCCGCCGAUUCCCAAUGGAGUUUUGAAAUCGGAGGAGAGUUUUGGAUGGGAAAACAAGAAGCAGGAGUUCUGGAAGCAACCUGAUGGAUUGGGGUACAGGCCGUGCUUGGAUUUCAGCCAAGAAUAUCAGAAAGCAACCGCCGGAAUCGUACAUGAGAGGACCAAGUAUCUGAUGGUGGUGGUUUCCGGCGGGAUGAAUCAACAGAGGAAUCAGAUCGUCGACGCUGUUGUGAUUGCUAGAAUCCUCGGCGCUGCUCUGGUUGUUCCAAUCUUGCAAGUGAACGUCAUCUGGGGAGACGAAAGUGAGUUUUCUGAUAUAUUUGAUUUGGAGCAUUUCAAGAAUGCUCUGGCGAAUGAUGUUCAUAUAGUUUCAUCUCUUCCUUCGACGCACCUGAUGACUCGGCCUGUUGAGGAAAAAUCGACACCUCAUCACGUCUCGCCGACUUGGAUUCGGUCCCGUUACCUCAAAAAGCUGAGGAGAGAAGGAGUACUGCUACUGCGCGGCUUGGACUCGAGGCUUUCUAAGGAUCUUCCUUCUGAUCUUCAAAAGCUCAGAUGCAAGGUUGCUUUUCACGCCUUGAGGUUCGCCCCACCAAUUGUGGAACUCGGUAACAAGCUCACUGAGAGAAUGCGAAGCAAAGGACCGUACCUUGCUCUUCACCUACGAAUGGAGAAGGAUGUCUGGGUGAGGACCGGUUGUCUACCUGGUUUGAGCCCGGAAUAUGAUGAAAUGAUAAACAACGAAAGAAUACAGCGUCCUGAACUCUUAACCGGUAGAUCAAACAUGAGCUACCAUGACCGAAAACUUGCAGGCCUUUGCCCCCUAAAUGCCUAUGAGGUUAUGAGGUUACUGAAAGCACUCGGAGCUCCAAGAGAUACGAGAAUAUACUGGGCCGGAGGGCAACCGCUCGGAGGAAAAGAAGCCCUGCAACCAUUAACAAGAGAAUUCCCAAAUUUCUACAACAAGGAAGAUCUCGCUUUGCCAAGCGAACUCGAACCUUUCGCGAAGAAAGCUUCCUUCAUGGCUGCUAUUGACUAUAUUGUUUGUGAGAGCAGUGAUGUUUUCAUGCCUUCUCAUGGAGGAAAUAUGGGCCAUGCUAUUCAGGGACACAGGGCUUAUGCUGGACACAAGAAGUAUAUAACACCAAACAAAAGGCACAUGCUUCCCCUUUUCUUGGACUCCUCACUCCCUGAAGCAGACUUCAACAGGCUCAUCAGGGAGCUGCACCAGGACUCCCUCGGUCAGCCCGAACUUCGAACCAGCAAAGUUGGGCGAGACGUCACCAAGUACCCUAUUCCCGAAUGCAUGUGCAACAACACCUCUGAUGCUCGUACAAUAUAAGUCAACAACUCAUCAGUGGUGCCAACAUAGCAAAAAGCCUUAAAGAACCAAAGUUCGAGUCAGUAAAAACUCAGAGAUCCUCAGAUCGAUCCUUGAAGUCGAGCCCUUGUUAGAACCAUGAGCUGAUGUUGUCUCGGGGCAACGAAGUUCUGCAGGAUGAACAUAUUGAAAGAGUAAGAGUGACUGCAGGCGGCAAUCAGAUCAAAAUAUGCAGCAGUAAACUGAAGAAUGCAGGCCAAGGUUAUGUGUAAAUGAGUGAUAAAGAUGUCUACAUAUUUAUACAUAUAUAUGAUAAGAGAAAUAAAGGGAAGGGAACAGCAUAAAAUUUGUAUAAUUCUUUGAUUCUUUAAAGAAUAAGUUCUUGUAGUUAGA